AUGAGUGCGGCCGGGAGGAAGCCUUACCGCAAAGCUCCGCCUCAGCAUCGAGAGACACGCCCCUCCCACCAACAAACUCCGCCCCCUGACCUAACCCAGCCUCAGCUCCCCUCUUAUCUCCGUCUCCUUUAUCGUCUCCUCUCGUGUCUCCAUGGCUUCUCCCGUGUCUCCUUCGCUCCUAUCUUGUCUCCUCGUCUCCUUUAUCUGCUCCUUGGCUCCUCCCCUCUUCAGUUCUCAGACAGUGAUGACAUCAUCAGUGAUGUCAGCAGUGACAUGACAUCACUGGUCCGGAGCCCUGCCCCUCGACACAGGCGAGCCAAUCAGAUGCUGUCUCCAAGAGGAAUACUAAAGCGGCCAAUGGGAGUGCAGCAUCAUUGUGAUGUCAUCCGGAGGGCGCGGUCUGCAGAGCCUCUGGACCAAUCCCAUCGCUCAUGCACAUAUUCAGAGGACCAAUCACAGCGCAGCUCAUUUGCUAAUUCUGAGGAGCUGAAGUCCCUCUCUCCUCCAGCAGAGGUGACCUUUGAACCUGCUGCUCUAGCGCCCCCUGUGUGUGGCAUGGUGCAGUACCUCUCUCCUCCAGCAGAGGUGACCUUUGAACCUGCUGCUCUAGCGCCCCCUGUGUGUGGCAUGGUGCAGUACCUCUCUCCUCCAGCAGAGGUGACCUUUGAACCUGCUGCUCUAGCGCCCCCUGUGUGUGGCAUGGUGCAGUACCUCUCUCCUCCAGCAGAGGUGACCUUUGAACCUGCUGCUCUAGCGCCCCCUGUGUGUGGCAUGGUGCAGUCCCUCUCUCCUCCAGCAGAGGUGACCUUUGAACCUGCUGCUCUAGCGCCCCCUGUGUGUGGCAUGGUGCCGUCCCUCUCUCCUCCAGCAGAGGUGACCUUUGAACCUGCUGCUCUAGCGCCCCCUGUGUGUGACAUGGUGCAGUACCUCUCUCCUCCAGCAGAGCACCCCCUGGAGCUGCUGCUUCAUGACAAACUGCGCUUCUCUAACUUCUUGGAUGAUGUUACCUGCCGUGUCCUAAGCCCCGCCCACCUGCAUUCGCUGGGGAGAAAGAAUGCCCCGCCCACAAAUAGGAAACGUUCAAAUGGGCACCAACGUAAUGAACACCAUCAGUCACAUGACCAUGAGAGACGCCAACGAUGGGACGUGUGGAGCACCUCGCUGAGAGGACACAAGAGAGGAGACAAGGAAAGAGGACACAUGGAGCGGCUCUCGGUGUCUGAGUCAGAGCGAGUCAGGCUGCUGGAGGCUCAGAAUGAGGAGUUGCGUCGGCGUGUCUCGUUGUCCAAUCAGAGGACAGAAGCUCUAGGGGCGGAGCUAGACUCCUGCAGACACUACAUGGAGGCGGAGCUUAACCGCACACGAGACGACCUCGACAAGAUGAGGGACAAGUUCAGGAGGUUGCAGAACAGCUACACUGCGUCCCAACGAACCAAUCAGGACCUGGAAGAGAAGCUCCACGCACUGUUGCGUAAAGUGGAACGUGACAAGAAUACAAUGGAUCAAGAGCUGGUGGAGCUAACCAACAAACUGUUGGACGCUAAAGGAACAAUCGACCGGCUGGAAGAGCUCAAUGAGCGGUACCGUCAGGACUGUAAUCUUGCUGUGCAGCUUCUUAAGUGCAACAAGAGCCACUUUAGGAACCACAAGUUUGCAGACUUGCCCACAGAGCUCCAGGACAUGCUGCACAAACAUAUGAAGAACUGUCUCCCAGAGAAAAGCUCCACGGACAAGGACCCGGACUCUCUGUCCCUGACCCCUGCAGAUGUGGUUCCCACUUCGGUCAUCGCCAGAGUCCUGGAAAAACCAGAGCCACUGCUCUUAAACUCCGCCCACUCACGCAGCAGCCGACCAAUCGCAGAAGACGUUUUUGUGCACGUGGACAUGACAUCAUCAGACCCUCAGCCCAAUGGAGCCAAUCACACAACGGCUAACACGCCACCCUCGCCCCGCCCCCUCCCUGGUUCCCGUGACAACGUCUCUGUGUCAAAGCUGAACCCGUACCCCGCCCCACCCCCCCCUCUGCAGGCUCCACCCCCUCACGCCCUGUACCCGGGGCGAAAGGUCAUCGAGUUCAGCAGCGACGUGAGGGUCCCCAAGAACAGCCCCCUCCCCAACUGCACCUACGCCACGCGCCAGGCCAUCAGCCUCAGCCUGGUGGAGAGCCCCGCCCACAACACCCCCACAGCCAAUCAGAGAGAAGCCCUGAGCGAGCCACUGUCCAGCCAGUCCAGUCCGUUCAGCUCCCCGCCGCAGGCCCUCAGUGGGGGCCCCAGCUCGGGCAGCUCAGAGGAGGACCUGCUGAACUCCUGGCACAGACUCUUCGUGGACAAAAUAGCGCCGGCGGAUUCUCUGCAGCGCACGGCCUUCAGCAGUCAAUCGGCACACGAGCUGCAGCGAGGGGGCGGGGCUUACUCUGAUGGAGAGGAGGUGUCGUCCAAUCAGAGCUGGACCCCCAGUCGUGGGUCCAGUCUGGAUACAGACACGGACCCAGACCCCAGAGACCCAAACCUCAGGGACAUGGAACCACAAGACCCGAGUCCCAGAGACCCCAGAAACCCAAGUCCGAGAGACCUGCCCAGCCAAGACCUGAUCCAGCUGGAGGGCGCCCUCUGUCCGGAGCAGCUGCUGGACGGGAAGUGUCUCCAUGACGACGGUGAGGACCUGCCAAUCACGUCUUCUCCACACCUCUUGGAACCACCUCAACCAAUCGGCUCACAGCUUGCUGCUCUGCCCCGCCCCCCGAGAAGUCCUAAACGAAUGGGAGUUCACCACCUUCACCGGAAGGACCAAUGA